AAAAUUCAACGACAAAAAACCGAAUCGGCAAGAUUUUGUGCUGCGUUUCUUCCUGCUAUUUAUCUAUCAGUGGAAAAACUAUUUUUCUCCGUUUCCCUUCACAAACUAUGUCUAUAACAAAAACUAUGUUAAGAUAAGUGAACGAAACAGCGUUAUAUUUAAGUCUGACAACAACAAUCUUAUACGAAUUAAGAACAAACUCAACGUGAAGUCGGGCGUCGACCGGUCCAUCCCUCCUACCGUAACCGUCGGCGACUCCGCCGCCUGUCAGUCGCAAUCUUCAUUUUGUAUCGGCGCCUCGCGCGGUCUCGGAACGCGGGUGCAUUUUUAAAAGUGUUGUGAGGUGCAGUGUCGGUCGGCGCGACCGUUUAAUGUGUUCAGUGCCGGCGUUAGUAAAGCAAGUCGAGGCGCGCGGCGUGGUUCGCGAUGGUUGACAUGGAUAGGAACGACCCGGAGCUCCGGUAUCUGUCGGUGGAUCGGAACAGCUUCAACGAUCCGGCCACUCAGGCAGAAUGGACGCAGAAGCGCUUAGUAUGGGUGCCCCACGAGACGCAAGGGUUCGUGGCGGCUGGGAUAAAGGGGGAGAGAGGAGACGAGGUGGAAGUGGAGAUCGCCGAGUCGGGGAAGCGGAUGCUGGUCCAGAUAGAUGACAUCCAGAAGAUGAAUCCUCCCAAGUUUGACAAGGUGGAGGACAUGGCGGAGCUGACAUGCCUGAAUGAAGCCUCGGUGCUGCAUAACAUCAAGGACAGAUACUACUCCGGCCUCAUUUAUACAUACUCCGGCCUCUUCUGCGUGGUGGUCAACCCGUACAAGAAGCUGCCCAUCUACACGGAGAAGAUCAUGGAGAGGUACAAAGGCAUAAAGAGGCACGAGGUACCGCCACACGUGUUCGCCAUCACCGACACAGCAUACCGCUCCAUGUUACAAGAUCGCGAAGACCAGUCCAUACUCUGUACAGGAGAAUCGGGCGCCGGAAAGACAGAAAAUACGAAAAAAGUCAUACAGUACCUCGCUUAUGUCGCUGCCUCAAAACCUAAAGGAUCUGGAGCGGGACCCUCACCACAGUUGAUAAUAGGCGAAUUAGAACAACAAUUAUUGCAAGCCAACCCCAUACUUGAAGCGUUUGGUAACGCCAAAACAGUCAAAAACGACAACUCAUCAAGAUUCGGCAAAUUCAUAAGAAUAAACUUCGACGCGUCCGGCUACAUAGCCGGCGCGAACAUUGAGACGUACCUUCUGGAAAAGUCGCGCGCCAUUCGGCAGGCGAAAGACGAGCGGACCUUCCACAUCUUCUACCAGCUCCUGACCGGGGCCACGCCGGAGCAGCGCGCGGAGUACAUACUCGAAGACCCGAAGAGUUACCACUUCCUGUCCAAUGCUGCGUUACCAGUGCCCGGGAUCGACGACGGCCUGGAGUUCCAAGCCACCAUCAAGUCCAUGAACAUCAUGGGCAUGAACAACGAGGACUUCAACUCCAUAUUCAGAAUAGUGUCCGCGACGCUGCUGUUUGGGUCCAUGCAGUUCAAGCAGGAGAGGAACUCCGACCAGGCUACGCUGCCUGAUAACACUGUUGCUCAAAAAAUUGCUCAUUUACUCGGUCUCUCUGUAACGGAGAUGACAAAGGCCUUCCUCAAGCCGAGGAUCAAGGUCGGUCGCGACUUCGUAACGAAAGCGCAGACGAAAGAACAAGUGGAAUUCUCAGUGGAAGCCAUCGGCAAGGCGUGCUACGAGCGGCUCUUCAGGUGGCUCGUCAACAGGAUCAACAGGUCUCUAGACAGGACCAAGAGGCAAGGAGCCUCCUUCAUCGGCAUCCUCGAUAUGGCCGGUUUUGAAAUCUUCGACCUCAACUCCUUUGAACAGCUCUGCAUCAACUACACAAAUGAAAAGCUCCAACAGCUCUUCAACCACACCAUGUUCAUCCUAGAGCAGGAGGAGUACCAGCGGGAAGGCAUCGAAUGGAAGUUUAUCGACUUCGGCCUCGAUCUACAACCGACCAUCGACCUUAUCGACAAACCCAUGGGCAUCAUGGCCUUGUUAGACGAGGAAUGUUGGUUCCCCAAAGCCACGGACAAAACUUUCGUUGAGAAGUUAGUCUCCGCUCACUCCGUCCACCCCAAAUUCAUGAAGACCGACUUCCGUGGCAUCGCUGACUUCGCGAUCAUCCAUUACGCUGGCAAAGUAGACUACUCUGCUGAGAAAUGGUUGAUGAAGAACAUGGACCCGCUGAACGAAAACGUGGUGUCCCUACUUCAGUCAUCCCAGGACCCUUUCGUAUGUCAUAUAUGGAAGGACGCUGAGAUCGUCGGCAUGGCGCAGCAAGCCAUGACUGACACGCAAUUCGGUGCCAGAACGAGAAAGGGCAUGUUCAGAACCGUCUCCCAGCUGUACAAGGAGCAGCUGACAAAACUUAUGGCCACACUCAGAAACACAAACCCGAACUUCGUCAGGUGUAUCAUUCCUAACCACGAGAAGAGGGCGGGCAAAAUCGAAGCCCCUCUGGUCUUAGACCAGCUCAGGUGCAACGGUGUGUUGGAGGGCAUCAGGAUAUGCAGGCAAGGUUUCCCUAACCGAAUUCCAUUCCAGGAGUUCAGACAGCGAUAUGAACUGCUCACCCCCAACAUCAUCCCUAAAGGUUUCAUGGACGGAAAGAAGGCAUGCGAGCAAAUGAUCGAGGCCUUAGAGCUCGACCAUAACCUGUACCGCGUGGGUCAGUCAAAGAUCUUCUUCAGAGCUGGAGUACUGGCCCACUUGGAAGAGGAAAGGGAUUAUAAGAUCACAGACUUGAUUGUGAACUUCCAGGCGUUCUGCCGAGGGUUCCUAGCCAGACGGAACUACCAAAAGAGAUUGCAGCAGCUGAACGCAAUCAGAAUCAUCCAGAGGAACUGCGCAGCUUACCUCAAGCUUAGGAAUUGGCAAUGGUGGAGAUUAUAUAUAAAGGUGAAACCUCUUCUAGAAGUGACGAAGCAGGAGGAGAAGCUUACGCAGAAGGAAGACGAGCUGCGCCAGAUCCGCGACAAGCUGGACACGCAGAUGAAGCGCUGCCAGGAGUACGAGCAGAAGUUCCAGCAGGCCAGCGCCGAGAAGACGCAGCUGGCUGAGCAGCUGCAGGCGGAGUUGGAGCUGUGCGCCGAGGCGGAGGAGUCCCGCGCACGCGCAGCGGCCAGGAAGCAGGAGCUGGAGGAACUGCUGCAUGACCUGGAGGGCAGGAUCGAGGAGGAGGAGGAGAGGUGCAGCGCGCUGCAGCAGGAGAAGAAACGGCUGCAGCUCAACAUCCAGGACCUGGAAGAGCAAUUGGAAGAGGAAGAGGCGGCGCGGCAGAAGUUGCAGCUGGAGCGAGUGCAGUGCGACGCCAAGCUCAAGAAGUUGGAGGAAGACCUGGCUCUCAGCGACGACACCAACCAGAAACUUGUCAAAGAGAAGAAGAUUCUAGAAGAACGUGCGAACGACCUUUCACAAGCGUUAGCCGAAGAAGAAGAAAAGGCUAAACAUCUCAGCAAGCUAAAGGCAAAGCAGGAGUCUGCCAUCGCUGAACUGGAAGAGAAACUCCUCAAAGACCAUCAACUCAGGCAGGAGGCGGAUCGCGCUAAACGCAAGCUGGAAACUGAGCUGCAGGAUGUGAAGGAACAGCUGGUUGAGAGGAAAGCGCAGCUGGAUGAGCUGCAGAUUGUGCUGGCCAAACGUGAGGAGGAGCUGGCCGUGGCCAUCGCCCGCGCCGACGAGGAGGGCGCGCUGCGGGCCGGCGCGCAGAAGGCGGCGCGCGAGGCCGAGUCGGCGCUCGCCGACGCGCACGAGGACCUCGAGGCCGAGCGCGCCGCGCGCACCAAGGCCGAGAAGCUGCGCCGCGACCUCAACGAGGAGCUCGAGGCGCUCAAGAGCGAGCUGCUCGACUCGCUCGACACCACCGCCGCUCAACAGGAACUCCGCUCGAAGCGCGAGCAAGAAGUGGCGGUUCUAAAGCGAAGCCUGGAAGAGGAGGCGGCUACCCACGAGAGCUCAUUGGCUGAACAGCGGCACAAGCACUCCCAGGAGCUGCAGCAACUCAUGGAACAGCACGAGCAGAUCAAGAAGGCUAAAGCUGGCCUCGAGAAAGCCAAGCAAGUUUUAGAAGCGGAGAAUGCCGACCUGGCCACGGAGCUGAAGUCGGCCAGCGCGGCACGGGCAGAGGGCGAGCGCCGCCGCAAGCAGGCCGAAGCUCAGCUGGCAGAACUAGCCGCCAAGUUGCAGGAGAACGAGAGGUCACGAGCGGAGGUCCAGGAGAAAUGCGUCCGUCUGCAGAGCGAGGCGGAACAAGCCUUAGCGCAGCUGGAGCAGGCCGAGCUCAAGGCCUCGGCCGCCGUCAAACAGGCCGCCACCAUCGGCGCGCAACACGCCGAGGCUCAGGCCCUAUUGGAGGAAGAAACGAAACAGAAGCUAGCCCUGCAGACGCGCCUGCGCAAUGUGGAGCAACAGCUGGAACAAGCCCGCGACCAGCUGGACGAAGAGGAGGAGGCGAAGAAGAACUUCGAGAAACAGGUCGCCGCCCUCACUAUCCAAGUGGCUGAAGCCAAGAAGAAGGCGGAGGAGGAAGCGGAAGCGGCGGCCAUCUUGGAAGAAGCGCGCAAGAAACUCAGCAAGGACAUCGAGGCCCUGCACCGGCAGAUCGACGAGCUGCAGCAGGCGAACGACAAACUUGACAAGAGUAAAAAGAAGAUCCAAGCCGAACUGGAAGACACAAACAUCGAAUUGGAAGCGCAGCGCGCCAAAGUCAUGGAACUGGAGAAGAAACAGAAGAGCUUUGACAAGGUGGUGGCGGAAGAGCGUGCGGUGGCGGAGCGCUACGCGGCCGAGCGCGACCAGGCGGAGCGCGAGGCGCGCGACAAGGAGACCCGGGUGCUGUCGCUCACCAGGGAGCUGGACGACGCUGCCGAAAAGAUCGAAGAACUAGAACGCACGAAGCGCCUCCUACAGUCCGAGCUCGACGAGCUCGCGAACACGCAAGGCACCGCCGACAAGAACGUCCACGAGUUAGAAAAGGCCAAGCGAGCGCUCGAGUCCCAGCUGGCCGAGCUCCGGGCCCAGAAUGAGGAGAUUGAAGACGAUCUGCAGUUGACUGAGGACGCUAAACUGCGCCUGGAAGUCAAUAUGCAGGCCAUGCGGGCGCAGUUUGAGAGGGAUCUCCAGGCCAAAGAAGAGCAAGGCGAGGAGAAGCGACGCGGCAUCGUGAAGCAGCUCCGCGACUUGGAGGCCGAGCUGGAGGAGGAGCGCAAACAACGAGCCGCCGCCCUCGCCAUGAGGAAGAAACUCGAAGGCGAGCUCAAGGACGCAGAGCAAGCGCUACACUUGGCCAACAAGGUGAAAGAAGACGCCACGAAGCAACUGAAGAAGCUCCAGCAGCAACUGAAGGAGGCCGUCCGCGAGGCCGAGGAGGCCCGCGCUGGCAAGGAGGAGGCGUGCGCGGGGGCGCGCGAGGCCGAGCGCCGCGUCAAGGCGCUCGAGGCCGAGGCGCUGCAGCACGCCGAGGAGCUCGCCGGCGCCGAGCGGGCGAGGCGGCAGGCCGAGGCCGAGCGGGACGACCUGCAGGACGAGCUCAACAACACCGCCAGCAAGAGUACACUUCUAGUAGACGAGAAGAAACGUCUGGAAGCGCGGAUAGCGGCCCUUGAAGAGGAUCUGGACGAGGAACAGUCCAACAACGAAAUACUCAACGACCGUCUUAGGAAGGCACAGAACCAAAUCGAUCAAAUCACCAUGGAGCUGGGCACAGAGAAGUCCGCCACGCAGAAGCUGGAGAGCGGCAAGCUGGUGCUGGAGCGGCAGAACAAGGAGCUCAAGGCCAAGCUGGCCGAGCUGGAGACUGCACAGAGGACCAAGACCAAGGGCGUGAUCACCUCGCUGGAGCUGAAGGUGGCCAACUUGGAGGAGCAGUUGGAGGCCGAGUCGCGCGAGCGCCUCGCGCAACAGAAGGCGUCGCGCAAGCUCGACAAGAAGAUGAAGGAGCUGGCGCUGCAGCUGGACGAGGAGCGCCGCCACGCCGACCAGUACAAGGAGCAGAUCGAGAAGAUGAACAAUCGCGUAAAAGCGCUCAAACGCCAGCUAGACGAGGCGGAAGAGGAGGUCCAACGCGAGAAGGUCGGCAAGCGCAAGGCGCAGCGCGAGCUCGAGGACAUACUCGAGACGCACGAGACGCUCACGCGCGAGUGCAACAACCUGCGCAACAAGCUGCGGCGGCAAGGCGGCGGUCCCAUCGGGCUCUCGAGCGGGUCCUCGUCGUCGCGCAUCAAGCGGUCCUCGCUGGCGCCCGGCGGCGGGUCCGGAGACGAGUCCUUCGACGACGUGAACGACACCACCAACAGCGUCGAGUAGACCGCGUCCUAGCAACACGGCUCAACACAUGUAGGACAUUCUCAAAUAACCUCACAG